AUGUCUGCUCCUGAAGAUACUGAGAAUGAGGAUCUGGGGAAACACCCUGAAACAAAACGGUGGAACGUAAGCCUUUGUCUCAAAAUUCCAUAUUUUGUUUCCACAAAUGUUCUAUAUUUGUACAAGAUAGGGUUGGAAAUUCUUUUGAAUGCAGCUAAAUAUGGCACACAUCAUGUUCUUGUUUUGGCCGACUUUUCACCAAGUACUAGGACACAAGACCUAGAGAAGCUUUUUGAGAACUUCAGAGAUCGAGGAGUUUCCAUUCGCUGGGUCAAUGAUACAACUGCCCUUGCAGUAUUUCGAACACCUUCUAUUGCCCUUGAAGCCCUCAACUAUGUUUGCUGUCCAUUUACUGUACGCAUACUUGAUAAGGAUGAUGCACUCUUGGGCUCAAUUUCGGCUAGAGAUUUGGAGCCGCCUCGGCAAAGAUCACAAACAUCAGCAAGAACUGCCCAGAGGAUGAUUGCUCAGGCAAUAGGGUCGAAAUUUACAUCCACCUUUGGGUCUAGAGAACUGAGAAACCAGGAAGAAGCCAGGAGGAACCGAAUAACUACAAGGCAAAAGUUGAGAGAUGAUGCCUGGGGCGAUGAUUGAAUUGAAUAUAGGGUUCUUAUGUUAAUCAAUACAUUGUUAACCAUCCAAAGGGAAAAAGGAAAAGCAAAAAUGGAGCUUAAAUACUUGUUUGCUUGUACUCAACAGGUUCUGCAACACAACUAGGGAUAGCUUAAUAACCAGUUUCAUAUUUUCUUUGAAGAUUAACGUUGAUUGCAUGAUCGUCUU